GAAUCGAUACACACAACACAAGAUGUUGUUCAUCAACCGAUUUGUUACACAUUGCUGCUGCUUCAUUCCGCUGCGUCUUGCCUGUGUUUUCAUUUUCAUAGUUGAAAUCUUAUUCACCUUUCUUGGAAUGUGCUUGGGACAAGCAAGUCCCACAAAUUGGUGUUGGUUGCUCUUAAGACUGGGCUUCAUGCUGCAUCUCAUUGGCAGCGUAAUGCUCCUCGUUGGCAACAUUUUCAAAAUAACAAAUCUUUUACUUUUCUAUCUGAUCACAAACUUGUUGCACAUUAUUUUUGCCGCGAUUUACAUUAUAGUUUGGAUUAUCAGAUGCGAUUAUUGUUUCUAUCAACUGUGCGUUUCAUCUGUAGGUCUUGGCAACUCUCUCAAUCAAAUUAAAUGCAAAGCUGAGCUAAAAAUAAUGCCAAAUGAAUUGCAAAAGAAUAAGAACAAGAGCAGUUGCUGUUGCUUCAAUGUUUUAUCCAUUGGUUUGCUGCUGCUUCAGCUGCAAAUCACUUCAUUCCGAUGCAAUUUUCAAUCACGUGCUAAGUGCUGGCAGACAGACAGAAAGACAGAAAAUAGAGACGAUUUGUCUGCCAACGUUAGCAUGCAACAUGAAGGGGCAACAGCAACAGCAACAACACAAAAACAAGCAAUGGCAAUUGCUGCAGCAUAAUUUCUGUGUGCACAAACAAAGCAACGACGACGAUGAAGCGAAAAUGGAACUCGACCCCCAGACGAUGAAAUCGAGUUGGCAGCAACUAGUGCAAGCGUAUUUGCCCUAUCACGUACAAAUUAAAAAUGUGAAAUGCUUCAAUUUGGUGCAAGCACUGCGAUUACAACACAAAACAAUGCAAGCAAAAAAAUUGAAAAAGAAGCAGCUGCUGCACAGCUGCAGAAAAGACUCGUACAACGGGGCGUAUGAAAUGUGUUGACAAAAUGUGUCUUUUUGUUUCCCUUGUGAUCAAUAACACAUCAAUUUAUGCAACAAACGUGCGACAAAACGAGUUAAAUUAUGUUUAUUAAUAUGUGAAUCGAAAAUAAAAUAAAAAGCUUUAAAUGGUAGCUAAAAAUGCGAACGAACUUUGAUUCCGCAUUUUAUGGAUCUUUUUUGG